AUGAAUUGGCAACCAACAGACAACCCAAAUCUCCCCGCCGAUGCAUUCCAAGUCUCCCCAGCCUCGCAACCAAUCUCACCAGCACUCUUCGCCGAAGCCAUCCAAGAACUCCCACUAGACACUCUCUACGCCAAGGCCGCCGAGCUGCAGAACAGCAUAUCCCACUUGCUGGACUCCAACAUCCAAAUGAAACCAUUCGCGGACGAAGGCGACUCGGACUGCAAAGAAGCAAUAGAGGAGAACGAUGUGGUGAUCAAGAGGUUCGAGGAGCGCAUGGAGCUGUGUAAGAAGGAGGCUCAGGAGAGAGGCUUGGGCUGGAGCGCUCACGGAAGUAACACGGAGGAGGCGCCGAAGGCUAAUGGACAUGCUGAUGGGCAGGUCAAUGGCAGUGCGAGUGCUGCGGAGAGGGAUGCGACGCGGACGAGGCAGACAAGCGGGAGAUUGACAGACGAGGAGAUACGGCGGCAGAUGGAUGCGUUGGUAGGGGAGGAUGAGGAAGAUGGGGUGCAUCUGUGA